CACCGUCUCAAUCAGGAAGUGGGGAAAACAACUAAGACGAACAAGUUGGAUAAAAUCCCUUAUUUCUUUUACUUUGACGCGAGUCUUCGUUCAAAAUCAACUAGUGUGCUCGGGGUUUGGAUUGAGAAUCAUAAACAUACUAACGGUCAUGGAAAGCAUUUGCCCCUGUUAGAAGUACUAUCUCGGACACAGCCAGCACCUGGGUGGCGGUCGGAGGGUACAUAGCCUAAGUCAGCUGGUGGUCAUGUGUGAAGCUGUGGUCUGAUGCCCACCCUCCCCUCAGCGCUGGCCAUGGACGGGGAGAACUACCUGCAUCCAGAAGGCCCUCAGCUGGACAGCAACAUGUUCUCUGUGGCCUCCUCUAACAUGGAGAGUUCAUUAUUUGCCUCCUCUGGGUCCUGGGGAUCCUUCUCUCAGCCGACUGGAUACAGCAUACACUGCCCUAUGCAAUCUGGAAACCAGCAAUACCACUUGAACAGCAGCACUACCACCACCACUCCGGAUAUGCACAUGGACAUGUACCCGGGAUUUUCUGACGUGGACUUUUCCGGCCUCAACCUCCCUCGGAAUGGAGACUUCCCCCAGGAUCUGUCCUGCAUUGAUGACCUCUCCACAAACUCUCUGUUCUCCUCUCCGGCUGACUCACUGUCGGAGUAUGCUGAUGCCCAGCCCUUCAUCAGCCCAGACAACCUGAACACAGUGCCCACCCUCUGGGACGUCAACACUAGUACCACCACCACACCAGCACAGAGCCAGCUAGAGCUGAAUGGCACCAGCAGGUUUCAUGGCUUGGCCAGUUUGGAUGAUAUAACUGCUAUUAUCAGCACACCACCUUUAGGAGGAUUCCAGCCUCAGAGAACCCAGUCACCCCCAGAGGAGGAAGAGGAUGCUGAGGAAGAGGAAACAGAGGAACUGGGACAUGUAGACACAUAUGCUGAGUACAGACCUUCCAAAUCCACUAUAGGAAUUUCUCAUCCUGACAUAGUGGUGGAGACCAACACGCUAUCCAGUGUCCCUCCUCCUGACAUCACAUACACUCUCUCUAUCCCUGAGUCAACCAUUAACAGUGGCCUGCUGUCCGCUCUGCAGCUCGAGGCCAUCAUCUACGCCUGCCAGCAACAUGAGGUUAUUCUUCAGAACCAACAGAGGGCAGGUUUUCUGAUUGGAGAUGGGGCAGGGGUCGGAAAAGGACGCACUGUGGCAGGAAUCAUCCUGGAAAACUACCUGAAGGGAAGGAAGAAAGCACUAUGGUUCAGCAUAUCCAAUGACCUGAAAUUUGAUGCAGAGAGAGAUCUCAAAGACAUAGAUGCACCGAAUAUUCCUGUGCAUGCCUUAAACAAGAUUAAGUAUGGAGACACAGCUACCUCAGAAGGAGUCCUGUUUGCAACUUACUCUGCGCUGAUUGGAGAGAGCCAGGCAGGAGGGCAGCACCGGACGAGAAUCAAACAGAUCCUCGAUUGGUGCAAGCCAGACUUUGAUGGAGUUAUUAUUUUUGAUGAAUGCCACAAAGCCAAGAAUGCCACAUCUACAAAGAUGGGCAAGGCAGUGCUUGACCUGCAAAACAAACUGCGGUCGGCCAGAGUGGUGUACGCCAGUGCCACAGGUGCCUCUGAGCCAAAGAACAUGAUCUAUAUGAGUCGCCUGGGAAUCUGGGGUGAGGGCACACCCUUCAGAACCUUUGAUGACUUCCUGCACGCCAUCGAGAAGAGAGGUGUCGGUGCCAUGGAGAUUGUUGCCAUGGACAUGAAAGUGAGCGGGAUGUACAUUGCCAGGCAGCUGAGCUUCUCAGGGGUGUCUUUCCGCAUUGAAGAGAUCGGACUGGACAAUGACUUCAAACUGGUUUAUAACAAAGCUGCCAAACUGUGGGCAGAGGCGUUGCAGGUGUUCAUGCGUGCAGCUGAUGAGCUGGGCCUGGUCAGCAGGAAGUCUCUGUGGGGACAGUUCUGGUCAGCUCACCAGCGCUUCUUCAAAUACCUCUGUAUCGCUGCCAAGGUCCGCUGCCUGGUGGAGCUGGCUCAAAAAGAGCUGCAGGCUGGAAAGUGCAUCGUUAUCGGGCUGCAGUCUACUGGCGAGUCCCGCACCAGAGAAGUGUUGGAUGAGAAUGACGGGCAUCUUGAUAGAUUUGUUUCCGCAGCAGAGGGAGUAUUCCAGUCUCUCGUGAUGAAACAUUUUCCUUCAGAGAAACAGAGGAGGGAAAAGGCACCAGGGAAUAAGAGAAAACGGAAGCCUCGAGGUCGCCAGCCCAAGGUACCCAAGCACACUGUGGACAGCGGCGGUGUAAUCAACAUCAGCGAUGACAGCAGCAGUGACUCUGAUGGCAUGGACACAGACUCAAAUUCUUCACCAGACUCCCUGCUAGACAACGAUGAUGUCAUCUUUGUUAACCACACUAGCUGUCAGACAGCCAGGAUAGAGGAGAUGAAGCAGGGCCUCCUCAAUAAAAUAUCCAUACUGGGAAAAGAACUACCUCUCAAUACCUUGGACGAGCUCAUCGAUAAGUUUGGGGGACCAGAUAAAGUCUCAGAGAUGACUGGUCGUAAGGGUCGAGUGGUGCGGCGUCCUGAUGGCAGCGUCCGUUACGAGUCACGGGCUGAGCAGGGUCUCACCAUUGACCACAUUAACAUCAAGGAGAAAGAUCGCUUCAUGGGCGCAGAGAAGUUCGUGGCCAUCAUCUCAGAGGCAGCCAGCUCCGGGAUUUCCCUGCAGGCGGACAAGCGAGUGAAAAACCAGAGGCGCAGGGUCCACAUGACCUUGGAGCUGCCUUGGAGUGCAGACAGGGCCAUUCAGCAAUUUGGUCGCACCCAUCGGUCCAAUCAGGUGACGGCCCCAGAGUACAUCUUUCUCAUCUCAGAGUUGGCCGGGGAGAGACGUUUUGCCUCCAUCGUGGCUAAGAGACUAGAGAGCCUGGGUGCAUUAACUCAUGGAGACCGAAGAGCCACAGAAUCCAGAGACCUGAGCAAGUACAAUUUUGAGAACAAGUAUGGUACCAAGGCUCUAGAUAAAAUCACCAAAGCAAUCCUUGGCCACAUAGAGAACAAAGUGCCCCCUCCCAAAGCAUACCCCGGGGGUGACGCCAUGUUCUUCAGAGACAUGAAGCUCGGAAUGAUGGAUGUAGGCAUCUUCUGUAGAGAGCCUCGCUUUGGGAUCAGUACUGAGAAAGACUGCAGCAUUACCAAGUUCUUAAAUCGCAUCCUGGGCCUCGAGGUUCACAAGCAGAACUGUCUCUUCCAAUACUUCACUGACAACUUUGACUACCUAAUCGAGAAGGAUAAGAAGGAGGGCAAAUAUGACAUGGGAAUCCUAGACCUUGCCCCGGGUAACGACGAGAUCUAUGAGGAGAGGCAGGAAACUUUUUUGACAGCUGGAAACCCUCAGGAUGGUCAGGUCGUUCUCUAUAAGAUCAGUGUGGACAGAGGCAUGCCCUGGGACGAGGCCUACAACAGGUCCCUGAAGCUCAGCGGCCCUGAAGAGGGAUUCUACCUGUCCGUAAAGCUGCGAGGUAACCACCCAUGUGUGCUGCUAGCUGAGCAAGGAAGAGGCAGGAACUUCAUUGUCUACAAGCCGAAUAUUGGCAAGCAGACCCACCCUGAGAGUCUGGACAACCUGCAGCAGCGUUACCGCAAGGCGACUCCCGAGGAAGCCCGGGACAGCUGGGAGAACCAGUUCACCUUUUCCUUCAAGAAGUGCAGCCAUGCCAACUGGAAUGGGAAGUGUAAGAAAAUAGAGGAAGGUCAGGAGUGUCUGCAGGGCAUGCGUCUCCGUCAGUACCACAUGUUGUGUGGUGCGCUGUUGCGUGUGUGGAAGCGCGUAUCUGAUGUGGUGUCUGACAUCACCAGCUCCAGCAUCCUGCAGAUCGUCCGACUUAAAACCAAACAGCACAACAAGCAAGUCGGCAUUAAGAUCCCAGAGAACUGCGUGGCCCGUGUGCGGGAGGAGCUGAUCCUCAUGGACGAGGAGGUGAAGAGGAGAAGAAAGGAGAGGGAGCAGCAGGCCGUGGAGCAGCGGCUGGCCGAGGAGCGCGCGCGUAAAAUGGAGCUGGAUAACAAACACCUCCUGGCCAAUCUGUUUAACCAGAAACCCAUGCUGAACCAGUCCCUCGCUCAGUCCCUCGUCCAGAGCCAGAUCCUCAAACAGAAACUGAACCAAAACGCUCUGCAAAGGACUCAAACUGGGAGCAUCUCUCAGCUGCAGAGACUGCAGCUCCAGUCCACUUUACAGCAGCCCUCGCAGAAACUCCCCCUGUUGUCUUUACAGAGGAACCCGGGCCAAACGCAGCAAAGGACCCAGAACAGCUGGAGCAACAACUCCACCACCACCAACAGCCAGGGCGCUGUCCCCAACACGGUCAACAUCCGCUCCAAUUUCUCCCAGUUUUACCCCCAGUCCUUUAUGCCCUCUUUCCCACAACUGAAGAACCCGUCACUUCCACUCCAUCAGACCACACUGUCUCCAAACUUGUCUUCCAAGAAUCCCCUGGACGAGAUCUUGGACCUGACUGUGAGCUCACCGUCGCCCUCUCCGGACACCACAGAGGGCGGACUCAAUCUGGACAGUCUGGCGGGACACUCUGCAGCAUUCGGAGACGACUUUAAUCUGGAGUCUCUGAUCUCUCAGACUGCAGCGAAUACACAAAUACAGCAGCCUCUUUUGCUACCACAGCAACAGCAACAGCAGCAGCAGGCAUCUGCAGGCGACGACGCCACAGCAGCAGAACCACAACCUGCUGGCCAAUAACCACCAAGACUUAUUAGAUUUACUUGACUUGCCCCUUACUCCACCAAUGCCCACACAGAAAGCCAGCCCUUCGUCCUCUACCUCCUCCUGCUCUUCCUCUGCAUCCUCCGCCUCAAACAACCUGGUUUCA